AUGGAUCAAUUUUUGGAAUACGUUGAUAAGCAUCAAAACGACUUUGUCGAGCGACUUCGCAAGGCCGUUGCCAUCCCUAGUGUAAGUGGUGAUCCUGCUCAUCGUCCUGACGUCUUCCGUAUGUCUGAAUUCUUGGUUGAAGAGCUCAAGGCUCUCGGUGCCUCUGUUGAAACUCGCGAUCUUGGUAAGCAAGACUGGCAUGGUCAACAAUUGGAUUUGCCUCCCAUUGUUUUGGCUACCGUUGGUAACAACCCUGAAAAGAAGACUAUCUUGGUCUAUGGUCACUAUGAUGUUCAACCCGCUCUUUUGGAAGACGGUUGGAGCACUGACCCUUUCGAAUUGGUUGAAGAUGAAAACAACCGUUUAAUUGGUCGUGGUUCCAGUGAUGAUAAGGGUCCUGUUCUUGGUUGGAUCAACGUUGUUGAAGCUCACAAGGCUCUUGGCCUUGAAUUGCCCGUCAACAUCAAGUUCUGUCUUGAAGGUAUGGAAGAAUCCGGCUCUGAAGGUUUGGAUGCUCUUAUCUUCGAUGAGGCUUCCAAGUACUUUAAGGAUGUUGAUGGUGUUUGUAUCUCUGACAACUACUGGCUUGGUACCACUAAGCCUUGUUUGACUUAUGGUCUUCGUGGUGUCUCUUACUUCCACAUGAAGGUGAAGGGUCCUCGUGCUGAUCUUCACUCUGGUGUCUUUGGUGGUACUGUCCACGAACCUAUGACUGAUCUCGUCGCUGUUAUGAGCAAGCUCGUUAACCCUGACGGUAAAAUUCUUGUUCCUGGUAUCUAUGAGCAAGUUCGUGCUUUAUCUCCUGAGGAGGAAAAGACUUACGAUGACUUGGCUUUCCAAAUGGAAGAACUCCAUGAUGCCGUCGGUAACAAGAUUAACAUUCACGAUACCAUCCGCAAGACUCUCCAAUGCCGUUGGAGAAACCCCUCUCUCUCUCUUCACGGUAUUGAGGGUGCCUUCUAUAGCCCUGGUGACAAGACUGUGAUUCCCGCCCAAGUUACCGGUAAAUUCUCUAUCCGUACUGUCCCUGACAUGGAUCCCAAGCAAGUCUCUGCCUUGGUUGUCAAGUUCUGUCAAGAGGAGUUUGCCAAGUUAGGAUCCAAGAAUACUUUGGAUGUUCACUGUACCCAUGAUGGUAACUACUGGCUCUCCAGUCCCAACCAUCCCAACUAUGUUGCUGCUGCUAAGGCUGUUGAAACUGUCUAUGGUGUCAAGCCUGAUUUGACCCGUGAAGGUGGAUCCAUUCCCGUCACCUUAUCAUUCCAAGAUGCUCUCAAGAAGAACGUCUUGUUAUUGCCAAUGGGUCGUGGUGAUGAUGGUGCUCACUCUAUCAAUGAAAAGUUGGAUAGAAGCAACUAUAUCAAGGGUACUCAAUUGUUGGGUGCUUAUUUGUACGAAGUCUCUGGAGUCAAAUUGUAA